AUGGCAUCUGCUACUACCCACCCAGACUACGGCUUCAGCACAGAAGGCCUCACUGUCGCCGCGGCCUUCCCGUCGGCGAUCAAGGACCGCACCAUCCUGAUCACCGGAGUCAACAGAAAGGGCAUCGGCUACUCGACGGCCGAGUCCUUCGCGUCCCAAUCUCCACGUCGUCUCAUCCUGGCCGGCCGCUCGGCGUCGCGAGUCCAAGAGUGCAUCGACGACCUGAAAUCCACUUACCCCAAUGUCGACUACCGUAGCCUGCAGGUCGACUUGUCAUCCCAGAAGUCUGUCCGUGCUGCCGCAGCGCAGGUGAUGGGCUGGGACGACGUGCCCACGAUCGACAUCGUGAUCAACAACGCCGGCAUCAUGAACAUCCCCCAGCGCACCAUCACCGAGGACGGCGUGGAACUCACCAUGGCCACCAACCACGUGGGCCACUUCCUGCUCACCAACCUGAUCAUGCCCAAGGUCCUGGCCGCGGCACACGCCGCGGGCAACAAAAAGGGCGCGGUACGCAUCAUCAACCUGGCGAGCCAGGGCAUCUACGUGGGCGGCGUGCGGUUCAGCGACAUGACGUACGAGAAGCCCGUGACGGCGCUGCCGGACGACGAAAAGCCCAACAUCGCCAUGAUGCAGGCGUUCAACCUCCCCGUGGACGAGAGCAUGGCGUACAUCCCGACGGCGGCGUACGGGGCGAGCAAGACGGCGGCGGUGCUGUUCAGCGUGGGGCUCAACGACCGCCUGGUCGCGCGCCACGGCGUGCUCAGCCUCGCCGUCAACCCGGGCGAGAUCCAGACCGAGCUGGCCCGCUACACGGACCCGGACAUGCUCAAGACCAUGCUCGGCGUCGCCGCCGCCCGGGGCAUGGUCUUUAAGUCCCAGCAGCAGGGGUGCAGCACGACCCUGGUCACGGCCGUCGACGACAAGAUCGCCCUGCCCGCCGACGACGGCACCGGUGUCUUCUUCGGCGACUGUCAGCCGAAACCGACCCCGCCGUACGCCGUCAAGAAGGAGUACGCGACCAAGCUGUGGGAGUAUAGCGAGAAGGUGACCGGGGAAAAGUUUGCAUGGUAG